AUGGCGUCCAACGUCAUCGAAACCGGAAACGGAACAACGCUCCAUUACCUCCAGAGCGGCAAUUCCCACGGACCUUUACUCAUUUGCCUUCACGGGCUUGGAGGCUCUACAAACACGUUUACACCUUUGGUGUCUCGAUUGACCCAGUCUUACAACAUCGUCCUGGUGGAUUUCCCUGGGUUUGGAAAAAGCCCCGUGCCGACUCAACGCCCGACAAUCCCAGGCUAUGUCUCCGACUUACACGAUGUCAUCGCAUCUUUGCAAGCAGUUCAAGCCCAAGACAAGAGCAAAAAGGUCAUCAUCUUCGGACACUCCCUCGGCACCGCCAUCGCUCUGCACGUUGCCUCCGAAAACCCCUCCCUCGUUGCUGGCCUUGUCCUCAUCGGAUCAGCACGAUCAGCCUCGCAUAUAGCCGCCGUUCGACAGAGAAUGCUUGAAAUGGCGGCCAAUACACGCAAGAUGGGGACGACAUGGGCGGCGGAAUUAGCAAUGAAGUCCAACUUCCCUCCGAUGGACAAGCGUCAGGUGGAUGAAAGCUUGCGCAAGGAGGUUUAUGACGCUGUCGUUGCAUCGGAUCCAGAGGGCUAUGCGCUGACGUGCGAAAUGAUGGUGGACGAGUCGCACAAGGAUCCGGAUUACAGCAAGAUCAAGUGCCCUACCUUGUUGAUUGCUGGUGAUCUUGAUGUGAUAAGCCCGGUACAAAGGUCCCAAGACCUUAUUCAGCUCAUUGGCUCCGAUUCAUGUUGGCUGGAGAUAGUGAAGGCCGGACACCAACCUAUCCUAGAGGAGCCUGAAGCUGUAGCCACGGCUAUUGAAAAGCUGAUUGGAAAGAUAGACAUUUAG